AUGUCCCGGAUAGGUCCGAACCUUGACGACGGCCAAUACGGCUUCCGGGAGGGACGUUCCACCGUAGACGCGAUUCGGCGUCUGCGGUCCCUCUCGGAGGCCAUAGUGCAGGAGGGCGGGGUGGCGGUGGCGGUGUCUUGGACAUCGCCAACGCAUUUAACACCCUGCCCUGGGACUGGGCCUGGUGGUGGCGGAAAGGAAACGGAGGCGAUCUUCCUCCAUGGCAGGAGGAUGAAGCCACCCCAGGCCCAGAUAAGAGUAGGAAGGGUCAGGGUCCCAAUAGAGGCCCAGAUGAGAUAUCUGGGCCUCACCCUGGACGGCACCUGGUGCUUCAAGCAACACUUCAAUCGCCUGGUCCCCCGGUUGAGGGCUGUCUCGAGCAGAGUCAGCAGACUCAUGCCGAGAACCGGGGGACCGGAUGGGAAGGCGCGUCGCCUCCACGCUGGGGUACUAAACUCGGUGGCCCUUUACGGGGCACCGAUAUGGGCGGAAGCCCUGGCCGUCAGUCGCCCUAUACAAGCAACCCUGCGCAGGGUGCAGAGGGCGCUGGCGGUCAGGGUGGCCCGCUGUUACAGAACAGUAUCCCACGUGGCGGCGACGGUCCUGGCGAGCAUGCCCCCCCUGGAGCUCAUGGCCCUUUCGUACAUGAGAAUGUACGAUAGGAAGCGAGAGCUCCUGCGUAUGGGGGGGGGGCGGAAGAACCGCUCGCCGGGACAAUCAGAAGGAUGA